AAACUAAGCCUAAAAAUAUAUAGAAAAAGCAAUGAUCCUUACCUCACUCAUCUACCUCAGUUAAACCCAUUCUUCUUCUUCUUUCUUACACUUCACAGUUCCAAAUUCAUACAAAAAACAAAUCUUCUUCACCAUUUCCACAGAUCCACAAUCCUUUUCUCUCUCCAAAAUGUCUUCUGUCACUGUCACUGCCCUUACAAUUCUGUUACUGAUGAUAUCUCUGCACACAGAAGCUUCCGUUCAUGAUUACAAAGGUGAAUCUUUCUCUGCCAAAGGUAACGCCUUUGUCUUCCAUGGAGGUAGCGAAGGAAUUUACUCAUCUACCCUCAAUGACACUUCCUUCUCACCUUCAAUUGCCGACUCUUUCAUAAGGUUUGAUAAAGUCACAUUCCGAAGAAACAAGGAAUUAUCAAACUUUAGCUCGUGGCCGGUUCAAGCUGUUGUUUUUGAAGUUGAAGAUAGAGAGACGAUCGGUGGUUCGGCCUACGGGGGUCAAAGGGCUGUCUGUUGCACCGGUGAUCUGGCAAAACUCGGAGUGUGCAAUGAAGGACAGGUCAUUCACCGUCGUUCUACAGUCAACACGGACUGGCCUCAAGUUUACGGCGUCACUUUUAACUUAGAUGAUGAAGUAGCAGAGCUGCCGUUGAAAUCGAUACAAAUCACAAAAACCGGAAUGUAUAAUUUGUAUUUCAUCCAUUGUGAUCCAAGGCUUAAGGAAUUGGUUGUUGAAGGGAAAACUGUAUGGAAGAAUCCGUCCGGUUAUCUUCCCGGUAGAAUGGCACCUAUGAAAAUUUUCUUCCAGUUCAUGUCUUUUGCAUAUGUGUUGCUUGGAAUCUUUUGGUUCUUUCAAUAUCUUAGAUUUUGGAAGGAAGUAUUUCCAUUGCAGAACUGCAUAACACUAGUGAUAACACUAGGCAUGUUUGAGAUGGCUUUUUGGUACUUUGACUAUGCUGAAUUUAGCGAAACAGGAAUCAGGCCAACCGGGACGACUGUAUGGGCAGUCACCUUCGGGACAGUUAAGAGAACUGUCGCACGGUUGAUCAUUCUAAUCGUUUCGAUGGGAUACGGUGUUGUGAGACCUACCCUUGGAGGCCUUACAUCAAAGGUUGUUUUGCUUGGUGGAACAUUCUUUGUUGCAUCUGAAGUGCUUGAAUUGGUUGAACAUGUCGGUGCAGUAAGCGAUCUUUCUGGAAAGGCAAAACUUUUCUUGGUUCUUCCCGCUGCAGUAUUAGACGUUUUCUUCAUUCUUUGGAUCUUUACUUCACUAUCUGCAACUUUAAAUAAGCUUCAGACCAGAAGGAUGAUGAUCAAAUUGGAUAUGUAUAGAAAGUUCACCAAUGCUUUGGCAGUAGCUGUGGUUGUAUCUGUGGGAUGGAUAUGCUAUGAGCUGUAUUUCAAAUCAAAUGAUAUAUACAAUGAGCAAUGGCAAAAUGCUUGGAUCAUCCCAGCCUUUUGGCAAGUUCUGUCUUACUCUCUCCUUUGUGUCAUCUGUGUUGUCUGGGCACCAUCUCAAAAUUCAACACGAUAUGCUUACCGCGAAGAUGGGAGUGAAGAGUUCGAUAGAGACGAUACUACUUUGACACUCAUAAAACCAUCAUCUAUUUUACCAAAGGAUGUAAGAAGUGUGACAGAUGCUAGACCAGUACAAACCAGCAAUGAAAAUUCAAAUGAUGAUUUAGAAGAAGAUAAAAGAGAAUAAGCUAGAAUGUAGCAAUGGUUCUGUAAUUCCAUAGUAUCAUUAGCUCUAUAACUCUUUUCUUUUACUAAAAAUUAGAUCUAUAACUCUUUUGCUAUUAUUUUUUAUUUUUUUUCAUUAAUCUUCUUUGUUCUUGAUCUGUUAGCAUUUUCAACCUGCAGUUACUUGUGAGAUUUGAUUCCAUGAUAAAAGUAUAGUUCAGUUCAGUUUACUAAUACAAAGGAAAUUGUCUUCAA